CCGGUUCCGGGGAAGGGCUAAAUUUUCUUGGAUGGUUAGGGGCUCUCGGAUCUAGGAUGGCUGUCUUGUCGCUUCUGUUGUUGGGUGGUUUAUGGAGCGCUGUGGGAGCGUCCGAUAUGGCUGUCGUUACUUGCGGCUCCGUGGUGAAGCUACUCAAUACGCGCCAUAAUGUCCGACUGCACUCUCACGACGUGCGCUAUGGGUCAGGUAGUGGGCAGCAAUCAGUGACAGGUGUAACCUCUGUGGAUGACAGCAAUAGUUAUUGGAGAAUACGGGGGAAGACAGCCACAGUGUGUGAAAGGGGAACCCCCAUCAAAUGUGGCCAGCCCAUCCGACUGACACAUAUCAACACUGGUCGAAACCUUCACAGCCACCAUUUCACGUCACCUCUUUCUGGAAACCAGGAAGUGAGUGCCUUUGGCGAGGAAGGUGAAGGUGACUAUCUGGAUGACUGGACAGUGCUCUGUAAUGGACCUUACUGGGUGAGAGACGGUGAAGUGAGAUUCAAACAUUCUUCCACCGAAGUUCUCCUGUCGGUCACGGGAGAACAAUAUGGCCGACCUAUAAGUGGACAAAAGGAGGUACAUGGUAUGGCCCAGCCAAGUCAGAACAACUACUGGAAGGCCAUGGAAGGCAUCUUCAUGAAGCCCAGUGAAUUGCUGAAGGCAGAGGUCCAUCAUGCAGAACUGUGACUCUAAAUCCUCUGCACCACUGUCACCACACAGUGUUUGUAGACGUCUGUUGUCUGUUGCUGCUUUGCCCUAGGAGCCCCGCACCAGGCUCUCUGAGAUGAAGGGCACUGUAGGAAGCAGGGGCUGCAUUUGGGCCUGCAGCCUUCACAUUUGAAUUGUUCGCUCUCCCCAAUUUGGUCAGUUCUCAAGAGAGGACCUGUUCAUGAGGGCAGAGAUCCUUUCGUUCAUGUUAAGAGGAAGCUGAGGACCUUCGCUCCUAGCUGGGGAUUUUACUCCUCCGACAUCAUGGAUUGCUGACUUGUCUGAUUUUCCCCUAGUUUUCUUUUUCCAAAACGAUAAAUUAAAAAAAAAAAAAAAAAAAAAAAAAGAAUUUUAGUCACUGUGUGGUCAUUUAUUAGGUGAGCUAUUUCAGGAUCUGCCUGCUAAAUUCUCAAAUCCUAAGACUUUGAAAAUGCUGGGAGUCUUCGCUGUGGGCCAUUUUAGAGGUUUAUUUGCAUAUAAGCCUUUUCUAUUUGCUCCUUCAGUUCUUCCCCAGCGCAUCUUUAUUGAGUAAGGUCUUCAGAGUUCUGCAUAAUAUAUAGUCAAUGACAUCCUCCUCUGGAUCUAUUAUGUAUUGUGGAAUAAUAGUUCAAGAUGUACAUUCGUUUAUGCUGUGAAAUAUUUGUUUAAUGAUGCAAAGAUGUGUUGCCUUUUUAUUUGGUUUUGUUUUGUUUUGUUUUCAAGACAGGGUUUCUCUGUGUAACAGUCCUAGCUGUCCUGGAACUAGCUCUUGUAGACCUGGUUGAUCCUGAACUCACAAAUAUGCCUGCCUUUGCUUCCCAACUGUGGGAUUAAAGGCGUGUGCCAUCAC